AUGAAAAAUGAGCAACUGGAAGUGCAGAGGGAGAAAAUCCAGAUGCUCGAGAAAGAGGCAGCAGAGGGAAGAGCUUUGCAGGAGGCUCUCACUCGUAUGACCACCAUCCUGUCAGGGAAGGAGAGAGAAGUGCAGCUGUACCAGGAACAGAUCCGAGUGCUGGUAGAGCAGAGAGAAGUGCAUCUCAGUACUUUUGAUGAGGUUACUAAGGCCAUGACAGAGAAAAACCAGAACAUGGGAUUGCAGAAAGAACAGAUCCGGGAUCUGGAGGAGCAGCGAGAAAAACAAAGGAUUGCUGCCAGCAAAAUGAGCCAAGAGCUGGAAGAGAAGGACCGGGAGAUCAGAUCCCAGCAAGGACUGAUAGCGGAGCUGGAGAAGCAGCAAGAGAUGCAGAGGGCUGCUCUCAGCAAGAUGAGCAAAGAGCUGGAAGAGAGGGACCAGGAGAUCAGAUCCCAGCAAGAACAGAUACGGGAUCUGGAGCAUACAAAAGGAAGCUUGAAGGAGAAAAAUGUAGAGCUUGUGUCUCUGACUCAGCGAAUCCAAGAACUGGAAAUGGAGAGAGAACAGGCGAAAUCUCUGCACACAAGCCUUGAACACCUAAGGGCAGUUCUUAAGGACAGAGAGAGGGAGUGUGAUUGUCAAAGGGAUCAGUUAAGACUCUUGCAGCAGUACAAGGAAGAGCAAGAGGGCUAUCUGCAAGAGCUUCAUGGUAAAGUAGAACAGAUCACAAUUUCUUUAUCUAACAAAGAUCAAGAGGUUGACUCACAACAGAAGCAAAUUCAGGAAGGUGAUCAAGUCAUGGAAAUGCAGUUAAGGACUGUCCGUGACCAGCUGGAGCAGACCUUCGAAACCUUAAAAGAAAAGGUCAGACUCCUGGACAUGCAAAAGCAACAAGCCAGGAGCUAUGAGGAAAAAAGAGAAGUACAGAUGCAUGUCUUACACAGAGACUUAGAACGCACUAAGGCAAUACUGAAAGAGAAGGAUUUCAAGAUCAAAUCUCAGAAGGAAGUCAUUGAGGCCUUCCAGAAACAAGUGCAAGACUCUGAACAGCAGAAGGAAAUUCUGCAGCAUCUUCAAGUGACACUAAGGGAACAAGAGCAAGAAAUUGUAUCCCUUCGAAAGCAAUGUGAGGCAUGCAAGGAAAAGGAUGAAAAGCAUGAAGCUGAGCAAAAACACCUUCAAGCAACACAGCGGACUCUGAAAGAAAGAGACAACAAUAUAGAGGUUCUGGAGGAGGCUAUCUCUAAGCUUCAAGAGCAAAAGCAGGAGGCAGUGAUGCAGACUAAAGCCCUGCUGCAAAAACUAGAACAUGCUGAAUCUUCUCUAGAAGCUAGAGAUAAAGAGAGAGUGUCUUUGCAAGAGCAGGUGCAGGACCUUCAAGAGCAGAAGGAGGUAGAAGGCAAGCGGGCCAAGAGUCUAGAGCAGGAUCUAGACAAAAUGAGCCAACUGUUGGAAGCGAACCAUUUGGAGCUCCUCAAGCAGAGAGAGCAAAUGAACAUGUUGCAGCUUCGUGAGGAAAGCCUGAAUGCAGCACUAACGUUGUGCCAGAAGCAAGUGACCGUGCUUGAAGAAAGGGUGAGGCAGAGAGAGGGAGACAAUGCCACUCUCAUGCAAAAGCUCCGGCACCAAGAACGAGAAUUGAAGACCUUGCAGAAUCUCCAGCUUAGGCUGAGGGAUAAGACUGAAGAGGUUAGACAGCACCAACAGCAAGGGAAGCUUCUGGAAGAAGCCUUGCGUGAUGAGAGGGAACAGAAGACCAAGGCUCAAGGUGACCAACAAGAGUUAGAAGAGGAGAUAAGAGGUCUUCGGGAAGAUCUCCAGCAUGUUCGGCAGACUCUGACAAAGAAGGAUGAAGAGAUCAAGUAUCAGAGAGACAGAGUCCGGUAUUUAGAGAAGUCUCAGAGAGAGAGAGAAGAGCUUAGGAGGCAGAGCGAGCAGGUGAAAGCAUUAACACCAGCUUUGCCAUGGAGAGCUGAAGGGGAGACCCUACGGAAACCAAUCCAGAAACCACAAACCUGGGAGGAAGAGGAAGCAGAGAGGAGGAGAGUUAUCCAGGAGAUAGACCAUCUCUUGCGAAGGCAGAAGGAGCUAACCCAACAACUGGAAGAUGAACAGAAAGCAAAGAGGGAAGAAUUAGAGCGUGUGACAGCUACCUUGAAGCAGACUGAAAGCAGGGAAGUCAAAUGGAAAGAGAAGGCACAAGCACUGACUCUUGCCCUUUCCAAGACUGAAACUGCCAACAGGACUCUGAGGGAAGAAAUAGCCACCCUGCAGAGUAUGCUUUCAGAGAGGGACACGGACCGGUUUCAUCAUCAGCAGGCUAUUGCAGAAGGGGAGCAGCUCUCGUGGCUCUCGGAGAAGAGACUCCUGUUGCAGCGGCUGGAACAUCUGCAGGAAACACUGGCAAAGCUGGAAUGUGAGAAGACUGAGCUGCAGCAACUCAAUGCUGAGCUCAGGAGGACUCUUGAGCAGGUGGAACGUGAACGGAGGAGACUGAAGAGAGACUGUAGUGGUCGGUCGCUGCCAGAUGCACGUGGGUUUUCUCUGCCUGAGUCUACCCAGCACAAGGCACCUGCUUCUGGACAGGAGGAGUCCCAGGCGUGCUGCCGUGGUCAACUGGCCGAGUUGCAGGAGCAG